AUUAUGUACACACCCACCCGGAUGCGUAUCUCUAUGGUACGCAUGGCAUAAAAGUUAUGCCAGCAUUAGAAGAAAAAUGUCCCGAGUGGAUUGUUUGAGAUUAGUCCAUACAUCUCUACGAAGAAUAAAGUUUCGUGAAAAGAGGAAAGAAGUCGUUGAUUCAAAAAGUUUCUGCAGAACUCUCACGCCUUUAGUCCCGGAAGAUUCGUUGGUGAUGUUUUUCCAUCUAGGAAAACCAGGAAAGAAAAUAGGAAAAUCGAGAUGCGAAAAAUAUUCUUUAAAAUCCGUAGAAAGAGUAGAUAUUGUCCAAUUUGGUAUGUAUAUGAGACAAUGUCAUAUUUCACAUUGUCAAUUGGAAAAACACGAACAAUUGCGAAAUUGUUCGAAUUUUUAAAAUUCACGUGGAAUCGCAAAAAACGUGUCGGGAUUCCUAGAACGUGGCUGGAAC